AUGAUGCACCUGGGACAGUCGAAGAACAAGACGCUUGACGAGUGGUUUCGGUUGGAGCCUGUCACUGGUCCAGAUGUCCAUGCGCAGCUGCGACUUUUGUUGCACUUGCGCCGGGAUGCUGCAGGAGACAAAGAGAUACCGCCGCAAUGCUUUCAACAGCUUUGCCAAGAACUGCUCCCAAAGCCUUCCGAGGACCUGCAAUCCGACACACCUCUCGAUGCGAAAGAUGGGCCGGCUCCGACCGGCUUUCCCGCCGAAAUUCCUGCAGGAGCUGAUGCUUCGGAGGAGGCAGCAGCAUCGCAAUCCCUGGCCUCCGAGCUCGAGGCAUUGCAAAGGUUGUGUUUGUCCUUGACAAGAGCGGCGCAGCCGGAGACACCGCAGCCACCCCGAGGUCCGGAACCGGUCGACGAGCCCCCGUCACCCCUCAAGGACUCAGAGCCCAGCAUCUACGAUGAAGCUCGGGCACAGCUUCUUGCGCAGAAGGAGGCUCUAGAGCGUGAGCGAUCAGAGUUGAACAGCCAUUGGUCCGCACUGCAAGCGGACCAGUCCACCAAACAGGAGGUCCUGGCAGAGAUGCGAGCAGAGCGACUUUCAAUCUUUUCGAGCGUCGAGGAGUUGCAAGCCGAGGUUGAGGAUGCCACUGCCGAGCUCAAAGAGGCACAGGCAGUAUCCUCCAGUCGCUUGGCAGUGCGCCGUCAACUACAGGCAGAGCUGAACGCAUGUGCCGAAAACUUCAGCAAGGAAGCUGCGUGCCAGCGCCGCUCGACAGAGGCGCUGCGUGUGCAGCGUGCCUCCCUCCGCUGCGAGGCCGUCGAGCUUGGGCGAGAGCUGCAGGGCUGCGUGGGCCGUGGAGACGAGCUGGUCUCCGAGAAUCUGCGGCUGCGCACGGAGGCAGCUUCGCUUGAGGAGGCCGAGGGCAACCGAUAUGCCUACGACAAUCAGCGCUCUGAGGAGGAAGGCCCGAAGCGACAAUGCCGUUUCUGUGGAAAAUGGGACACCUGCGAAUUUGGUCGAGAUGAGGAGUUCUGCAGCAGUAGCUGCUACAUUGACGCUAGCAAAGGCGUUGAGGCCUUGGACUGGGAUCGAUCCGAAGCUGCAUCGUGGCUACACGUCGAGGGGCUCGACAGAUGGAAGCGCCAGCUCGUCUCUGUUCUUCGGGAUGGCCAUUGCCUCUUGACAACACUGAACGAAGGUGUGCUCCGCAGAGUUGGUGUUCCGAAGAGGAAGGCCAAAGAAGUGAUGCAUGAUGUGGAAGACCUUCGCCGUGGUGCCUGGGCACAGCCAGAGCCACCAAGAGAGGAGGUUCCGCUGCCCACCGUCACCGAGCUGGGCAGCAAAGUGCGCCCAGGUUGGCAGUACAUGCUAAAAGAUGAUGCGCUUCGCUCCUACUCGUCGAUGUGCCGCAAUGCUGUGCCGCAGGACCUUGCAUGGCGCUGGUAUGAGCAGCUCCGCACACAGCUCCAGUGGCAGGACCUAUGCGAUGAGCGCUACCAGGGGGAGGGCAAGCACAUCCCUCGUCGAACCAUCUUCACCGUGUUCAACGGAUGUAGUUGUGUCUACAAGUAUUCAGGAGUAUCCGUGAAGCCCACCAUCGAGCCAGACUUUGUCGCCGAAAUCCGCAAGUAUUGCGUCGGCGUAUCUGGACUCGCGACGCAGCCAAACUGCUGCAAUAUCAAUCUGUACCGAGAUGGAAGGGACUCGGUGGGUUGGCACACCGACGACGAGGAGCUCUUCGAGGGUGGAUACAAAGACAUUACUAUACUGAGUCUGUCGCUGGGUGCGACUCGCACUUUCGAGGUGAAAAAGCAACCAGGCUGGAUAACGAAGCACAACCAGGAGCGCACGCGGUCGGAGCUGCAACGUUUCCUUGCCUCCGACAGCAUGCAGCUGCAAGCAGCGGCACUGCGGUGCAGGCAGCUCUGGAUCGGCAUGCAGCACGGAGCGGCUCGAAACGACAGCCUCGCGGAAGGCCUCGAUUAUGAGGCGCGCUUGCAGACCUUGCGCGAGGCUGCAGAUCGCAUCUCGUGCUCGAACGGUGUGAGCACUCGCCUCCACCAAAAGCCCAGGAGUUCGAACUAA